AUGGCAGAACCCCCAGCAGAAAGGAGAAAGACCACGAGGAAAGUCCUCCUGCAGACUUUGGAGGAUUUAAAAAACCAAGAGUUCGAAAAUUUUAAGUGGCAUUUGACCCUACGGGGGGGCCUUGGAGACUUCCCAUACAUCCCAAAAUCCAAACUGGAGGAUUUAGACAGGAAGGGUACGGUGGAUCUGAUGGUCAACACGUACUGUAUCUACACAGUCAAAGUCACUAAAAUGAUUUUGGUUGAAAUCGGCAUGAAUAAUCUGGUUUUGCAUCUCCCCCCACACUUGUUAGACCCUGAAGAAGGGCUGCUCUCUCCGUUAGAGAGCAGCGUCCGGCUGCGCUACAUCAGCGACCCCACGGCCGGAGACCCGGACCCGGACCAGGACCAGGACCAGGACCAGCCCAGCGCCCACGGUACCAGAACCAUACUCCAGAACCCGGCCCACCGGGGCCCGUUAGUGCUCACAGACCAGAGAACCAUACAGGAGAGAGACGAGGAAAAACCCCCAUUCUGUCUGUACUGCAACCCUUAUCAGAACAAUAUUAAUAAUAAAUAA